UCCCCCAACCGCCCGACUAGCAUGGUGCGGCGGUCGCGCGCGCCGACAUGGGCGAGAAGCUGGAGCUGAGGCUCAAGUCGCCCGUGGGGGCCGAGCCCGCCGUCUACCCGUGGCCGCUGCCCGUCUACGACAAACAUCACGAUGCUGCUCACGAAAUCAUCGAGACCAUCCGAUGGGUCUGUGAAGAAAUCCCAGAUCUCAAGCUUGCCAUGGAAAACUAUGUUUUAAUUGACUAUGAUACCAAAAGCUUCGAGAGCAUGCAGAGGCUCUGUGACAAGUACAACCGGGCCAUCGACAGCAUCCACCAGCUGUGGAAGGGGACCACGCAGCCCAUGAAGCUGAACACGCGGCCGUGCAAUGGGCUCCUGCGGCACAUCCUGCAGCAGGUCUACAACCACUCGGUGACCGACCCCGAGAAGCUCAACAACUACGAGCCCUUCUCGCCUGAGGUGUACGGCGAGACCUCCUUCGACCUGGUGGCACAGAUGAUCGACGAGAUCAAGAUGACCGAGGACGACCUGUUUGUGGACCUGGGCAGCGGAGUGGGCCAGGUUGUGCUCCAGGUCGCUGCAGCCACCAACUGCAAACAUCACUACGGCGUGGAGAAAGCUGACAUCCCAGCCAAGUACGCGGAGACGAUGGACAGAGAGUUCAGGAAGUGGAUGAAAUGGUAUGGAAAAAAGCAUGCCGAAUACACACUGGAAAGAGGCGAUUUCCUCUCAGAAGAGUGGCGUGAGCGGAUUGCGAACACGAGUGUUAUAUUUGUGAAUAACUUUGCCUUUGGUCCUGAGGUGGAUCACCAGCUGAAGGAGCGAUUUGCAAACAUGAAGGAAGGUGGCAGAAUCGUGUCCUCAAAACCCUUUGCACCUCUAAACUUCAGAAUAAACAGUAGAAACUUGAGCGAUAUCGGCACCAUCAUGCGCGUCGUGGAGCUGUCGCCCCUGAAGGGCUCAGUCUCGUGGACGGGGAAGCCGGUCUCCUACUACCUGCACACUAUCGACCGAACCAUACUUGAAAACUAUUUUUCUAGUCUGAAAAAUCCAAAACUCAGGGAGGAACAAGAGGCAGCUAGGCGUCGGCAGCAACGCGAAAACAAGAGCAACACGACCACUCCAACCAAGGUCCAGGAGAGCAAGGCGGCCGUCCCUGCGGACACCCCCAUGGACUCUGGUGCUGAGGACGAGAAAGCCGGGGCCACCACUGUCAAAAAGCCAUCCCCCUCGAAAGCCCGCAAGAAGAAGCUGAACAAGAAGGGCCGGAAGAUGGCCGGCCGGAAGCGUGGGCGUCCCAAGAAGAUGAGCACUGCGAACCCCGAGCGCAGGCCCAGGAAGAGCCAAACCACACUGGACCUCCUGCACACGCAGGCUGCGCCCCAGACCGCCCCGUCCUCGCCUCAGGAUGCGUACAAGUCACCUCACAGCCCGUUCUACCAGCUACCUCCGGCCGUGCAGCGGCACGCGUCCAGCCCGCUGCUGGCGGCGCCCACCCCGCCCGCGCUACAGAAGCUGCUAGAGUCUUUCAAGAUCCAGUACCUGCAGUUCUUGGCAUACACCAAGACCCCGCAGUACAAGGCCAACCUGCAGCUGCUGCUGGACCAGGAGAAGGAGAAGAACACCCAGCUGCUGGGCGCAGCGCGCCAGCUCUUCAGCCACUGCCAGGCCCAGAAGGAGGAAAUCAAACGGCUCUUCCAGCAGAAGCUGGAUGAGCUGGGUGUGAAGGCGCUGACCUACAACGACCUGAUCCAAGCGCAGAAGGAGAUCUCAGCGCACAACCAGCAGCUGAAGGAGCAGACGGAGCAGCUGGAGAAGGACAACCGCGCAUUGCGGGGACAGAGCCUGCAGCUGCUUAAGGCACGGUGUGAGGAGCUGAAGCUGGACUGGCCCACCCUGUCCCUGGAGAAGCUGCUGAAGGAGAAGCAGGCCCUGAAGAGCCAGAUCUCUGAGAAACAGAGGCGCUGCCUGGAGCUGCAGAUCAGCAUCGUGGAGCUGGAGAAGAGCCAGCGGCAGCAGGAGCUGCUACAGCUCAAGUCCUCCGUGCCAGCGGACGACGCCCUGGCUGUGCACCUGCGCGGGAAAGGCGUGCUGAGCCGGGAGCCAGAGCCUGACCCUGGCCGCCUCCACCUGGAGCUCGACUGUGCCAAGUUCUCGCUGCCGCCCUUCAGCAGCCUGAGCCCGGAGCUCUCCAUGAACGGCCACGCGGCCGGCUACGAGCUGUACAGCACGCUCAGCCGACCCGCGUCCAAGCAGAACACCCCACAGUACCUGGCCUCAGCCCUGGACCAGGAGGUGGUGCCCUGUACACCCAGCCAUGGGGGCCGGCCGCGGCUGGACAAGCUGGCCAGCCUGGCCCUGCCCGACUACACUCGGCUCUCUCCAGCCAAGAUCGUACUGAGGCGUCACCUGAGCCAGGACCCCGCGGCCAACGGAAAGGUGGCCACCAGUGAGCUGCACCCACGUGCGGAGCAUGCCAAGGAGAACGGCCUCACCCGUCAGAGCCCCGGCAUCUCCAGCAGCAUCACAUUGAGUCCGCAAGACCCUCAGCCUGUGUCCCCCGUGGCCUUACAGAUGACAGGGGAGAAGGGCAGUGAGAAGGGCUUGAAGGAGCGCCCCUAUGGCAGCAGUAGUGAGACCAUCACCAGCCUGCCUGUCAGCAUCCCGCUCAGCACCGUGCAGCCCAACAAGCUCCCAGUCAGCAUCCCUCUGGCCAGCGUGGUGUUGCCCAGCCGUGCAGAGCGAGUGAGGAGCACGCCAAGCCCCGUGCACCAGAGCCGAGACCCCUCCUCUACGCUCGACAAGCAGAUCGGUGCUAACCCUCACAGCGGUGCGAGCAGUGCUGCCGGAAGUAGAGGCCUGGCCCUGGCCCCCGCAGGCUUCUCCUAUGCCGGCUCGGUGGCCAUCACUGGGGCCCUGGCGGGCAGCCCGGCAGCCCUCGCCCCCGGGGCUGAGCCAGCCACCUUGGACGAAUCCUCGGGCUCAGGCAGCCUCCUUGCUGCCCUGGGCUCACGCAGCUCCACACCGCAGCACCCCACCCUACUGGCGCAGGCCCGCAGCUCUGGCCCGGCCUCUCCCGCCCAUCAGCUCUCAGCCAGCCCCCGGCUUGGGGGACCUUCCCAGGGCACACUCUCCGAUGCUGCUGGCAAGAGCGACCUGCCCUGCGAUGCAGGCUUCUCAGACCCUGAGAGCGAGGCCAAGCGCAGGAUUGUUUUCACCAUUGCAGCCGGCUCAGGGGGUGCACGGCCAUCCCCCUCCAGCAAGCACAGCCCCCUGGCCACCAGCGCCCGUGGGGACGGUGGGCAGGGCCACGGGCAGGACAGCCGAAAGCGAGGCCGCAGGAAGCGCUCAUCGGCAGGCACCCCCAGCCUGAGCUCAGGAGUGUCCCCCAAGCGCCGGGCCCCACCAUCUGUUGCUGGACUCUUCACACAGUCCUCGGGGUCCCCCCUGAACCUCAACUCCAUGGUCAACAACAUCAACCAGCCCCUGGAGAUCACGGCCAUCUCGUCCCCUGAGAGCUCCCUGAAGAGCUCGCCGGUCCCCUACCAGGACCAUGACCAGCCGCCCGUGCUCAAGAAGGAGAAGCCGCUGGGCCAAACCAAUGGGGCACACUACUCGCCGCUGACGUCGGACGACGAGCAGGGCUCCGAGGAUGAGCCCGGCAGCGCCAGAAUCGAGAGGAAAAUUGCAACAAUAUCCUUAGAAAGCAAAUCUCCCCCAAAAACCUUAGAAAAUGGUGGUGGCCUGGCCAGCAGGAAGCCGGCACCGGCCGGUGAGCCAGUCAACAGCAGCAAGUGGAAGUCCACAUUCUCGCCCAUCUCGGACAUUGGCCUAGCCAAGUCGGCCGACAGCCCGCUGCAGGCCAGCUCCGUGCUGAGCCAGAACUCCGUGUUUGCGUUUCGGCCCACCCUGGAGGAGUCUGGCGCCACCGAUGCCAAGGGGGCUGCGCACCCCAGGAAGGGCUUCUCGGGCUCCCUGGCAGGGGCGGAUGGGCCCAGCCUGAACACCAACCCCCCCAACGGGUUCGCCCUCAGCGGGGCCCUGGCCGCCGACCUUAGUUUACACAGCUUCAGCGAUGGUGCUUCUCUUGCCCACAAGGCCCCUGAGGCAGCUGGGCUGAGCUUCCCCCCUCAGCGGGGCAAGGAGGCUGGCGCCCCAGAGGCCAACCCCUUCCUGAGCAAGCGGCCACUGGAUGGACUGGGUGGCUUGAAGGGCGAGGCCAGCAAGGCCCGCGAGGCCGGCGACCUGGGCCCGGCCUUAGGCAGUGCCUCUGAGAAGGCUGCCCUGCCGCCCAUCGGGAAGGCAGGCCGAGGCCGGGACCGCGAGCUUGACUUCACCCACGGCCAUAACCUCUUCAUCUCGGCUGCUGCUGUGCCCCCUGGGGGCCUCCUCAGCGGCCCGGGCCUGGCCCCGGCAGUGUCCUCCACGAGCACCCAUGCCCCCUCCACUCAGACGCAUCGCCCCUUCAUGGGCAACUUCGCCCCCGGUGCACAGUUCGCCCUGGGCCCCAUGUCCCUGCAGGCUAACCUGGGCUCAGUGGCAGGCUCAUCUGUGCUGCAGUCCCUGUUCAGUGCCGUGCCGGCCGCUGCAGGCCUGGUGCACGUGUCAUCUGCGGCCACCAGGCUCACCAACUCGCAUGCCAUGGGCACCUUCUCUUCCGGAGUCGCGGGCGGAACUGUCGGAGGUGUCUUUAACCACGCGGUGCCUUCUGCCUCUUCUCAUCCGUUCGGAGCCAGUUUCGGCAGCGGGGCUGUCUGUGGCAGCGCGGCUGUCUGUGGCAGCGCCACGCUGAGCUUAGCCCCGCUGCAGGCGGUGGCCAGCACCUCCGCCGCUUCCUUUCAGGCCCCGUCCUCUGUUGAGACCCGGCCGCCCCCGCUGCCUCCUGCUCAGCACCUGGGCCGGCCUCCCCCACCACCUCCUCCUCUUCCGGUGCAGCCUGGCCUCCCACCCCCUCCGCCUAACACCGCCUUGCCUCCUCCCCCACCGCUGCUGGCACCUAACUCCGAGCCCGUGCUCCUGCAGAGCCUGGCGUCCCUCCCUGCUAACCAUGCUUUCUUGCCCCCCGCCUCUGCUGCCUCCCUGCCGCCCGCUAACGCCUCUUUGUCUGUCAAGCUUGCUGCCCUGCCACACAAGGCUUCCCGCCCCUCCUUCACGGUCCACCGCCCGCCUCUGCCCCGGCUGGCCCUGGCGCAGGCUGCGCCCCUCCUCCCGCAGGCCAGCCCCGCCGCACCCUCCGCGGUCUGGGUUUCCCUUGGCAUGCCGUCUCCUUAUGCCGCGCACCUUUCGGGGGUUAAGCCGCGAUAAAGAGCUUGCUUAGCUAGCCGUUGGUAUUGUGUAAGGUAACUAGGACUUCUACCUCAGCCGCACGACUAUGCAAGGACGGUGUGGACCAACGCGUGCUGCCCCGGUGCUUGCGGCCGCAGGGCCACCACUGGACCGCGGAGGCGACAGGAUGGAGAAGCUACUGUGAACCGCCGUGCGCCGCCGGGCCCGGGAGCCGCUCCGCGUGCGCGUGGAUAGUUUUAGAUAAAGUAUUUAUCGUUUUUUAAAAAGUCAAAGCAACUCGGACCUAUUUUAUUCCAUCUAAGUCGUCCAAGGCAACUCGCUCAGAAAUGUAAAUGUCUAUAUAAGAAGAUAUCUAUAGAGGCGCCUACGAAAGGACCGCCCGUCGCGGCGCCGCCCGCCUGGCCCGGUGCUAUCUCGUCGUCGGCAGGCUGCGCCGCCUCCCGCUCUCCUGGUGCUGACUCUGGAGGCCGACCCGCUCCUGUCCGCCCCCAACACACCACAUGCGCCUCCCCGCCGAGCUGUCCGUGUGUCACAGGCAUGCCAGCUCGUGCGCGGAGGGGCGCUCACGCAUAUCAGCCUUCCCUAGAGAGGCCUCCCUCCCCAAGAAUGUUCUUGCCCGAGUGUCAGACCCAGACCGUCCUGGGGCCCUGUGUCCCUGCAGCCUCCCCAUCCCGUCACUGUGAACGCUGCCCGACGAGACGGCUGCCCUCGGGCAUGUGGACAGGGCGCGGGGCAGCCAGGCCCUGGGUCCUGCCCGGCAAGGCGGGACGGUUCCCCAGAGCCUGUCCCGAGGGGCGGCUGUCCGGGAGGUCUGACGCGCGCUCCCCAGCUCGCUCGGCCUCUGUAACAAGUGCAUUUACUUUCCUACCCUUGGCUUUUGUCCGGCUCGUGCUGCUGGGCGCGUGGGGAGCUGGCGGUGUGCUGCUCAGGACGCAGGGCAGGGUGGCCGUGUGGGCCUGGCGUUUGUACAGGAGAGAGUCACGCUGACCCGUGACUGUAUUUUGUAGAAAUGGGAUGAAAGUUUAUAAUUUUCAUAGACUCAAUUUCAUUUAUUUUUAGAUUGUAUAAUGCACAGUAAACUUUAAAAAAAAAAAAAAAAGGAAGGAAAGAGAAGUGGGGUGAGGGGGGAAAAAAUGAACCUUAUUUAUUCAAAUGCACAGAUGGCGCUGGCUGGGCCAGUCUGGGGCCCAGACCAUGGCCGCUGCCUGCACGGCAGCAGACAGACAGGUCCCAUGUCCACGAGAGACGGAUGGAGCCCUGCUGCCCUAGACACCAUCCCAGCCAGCACCCCUGUAAUCAGCCUCGUCUCGUUGGUGCUUGAGUGGACGCUGGGGUUUGAGUGGAUGUGUUGGUGCGGACUUGGAGGGGACUAUCCCGGGUGCUUCCUGUGGGAUCAGUGAGCUUCUCCGGUCCCUCGGAACCCUCUGAGCAGUGUGUCUGAACUGUCUAGAAACCAACAUCCCUGGCAGGUGGCAGCCAAAGCCCCCGACCCUGUCAUCAAGAGGACGGGUGCCAGGUGCACAGACAGGGUGGGUCCGGAGAGCCCCCAACCCUGGACAGCAGGAGGCAGGUGGACAGAUGAGGUGGCCCAGCACAUGGCCUAGGAAGCACCCCAUCCUUGCUGCUUAAUAGCCCAAGACCCCGGUCAGCAGGAGGCAGGUGGAUAGAUGGGGUGGCCCGGCACAUGGCCAAGGGACAGGGGAACACCCCGCCCUCCAAGUGCCUGCUUGUCCCAGGGCAGCAUUCUCAAAGAUCCCAGGGGUGCCUUCCUCCUGAAGGUGGGGCUCAGGUUUUGGGUUCUGUUUGUUUGUGGAAAAGCCUGUGCUCACCCAUCCACUCAAUACCAGUGCAGACAGACUAGCCAUGGACGUGGGGAAGGUUUUCCGCCCCUGGUCCUGAUUCCCCAGGGUGGGGCGGGGCAGGUGCUCUGGGGCCAUGUGCCCCCUCCCACCCUGACACCCACAGCUGCCUCAGCCUCUAACCCCACCCCCCAGCAACAGUCACUGGGACAUGAAGAUGGUGCUCUCGACUUGUUUUUGAAACUCGGCUGUCCUCUUUCAACCUUCCCCUUCUUGCGUUGGUGCUUAGCUAGUAGGUGCUGCCUCCCUGCUCCAGCCCUCAGCGCCACCUUGUUCGGCCCUACGCGAGGUCCCCGUGUCAUCCGGGAGCAGAGGCGUCCGCCUCUCCUCCCUGCAGAGAGAGGUCCCAGCAGUGCGAGGCGCCAGGCUAGAAAAAACUGUCCACACAGUCCAAGGAAGUCCACCACCCCACCUGCCCGAGGGCACAUGGCCGGGCAGGGUGUGGGGCACCCCUGAAAGGCGAUAGUCUAUCCUUAUGCGACCAGCCUGGACAGAUACUUGAGUCUUGGGAGGGCCCACGGGCUGGGCACUUGUGAGCCUAUGCGGGUCAGCAUCGAUCCACCAGGGACCCUCGUGUGUGAGAGCACACCCCUUAGCUACCUGUGUGCCAGCCAGGGCUGCACGUGACACUAGAUACUUCUCCCAGAUUCGGCCAACGCCGCCAAAAUGCCCUUUACCCUCAGCGAGCUCCAGGGGCAGCUGGGAGAAGGUGGUGCAGGGAAAGGCAGUGGGUUGAGGCCUUGAGCCUGGCUUCUUCUGGCAGCUCUAGGUCGGGACUCGGUGCUGCUGCUGGCUCGUGGGCAACUUCAGGGGAACGAGUUGGUUGCCAAGUUGCUUUUGCUCAGGAAUCGGUUAGCCAAACUCCCAAAGGCCUGUGCGACCUUGACCGCUUGGCCGUCACAGACCCCCUCCUGGACCUGCAGUGGGUGCCCGCUGCAGGAACCAGCCUCACCCUGGCUGUGGCCUGGCCGUGAGUCGUGAUUUACUAAGGUUGCUGCACCUUGAUUUAUCCACGCUGUGGGUCACCCCUCUGCUCGGGCCUCCGUAGGGAUAGUGCUUGCUCACUGCCACCUUCCUCUCGUCCCGACCUUUCUGUGACUGCCAGAAAUGCGGCUUUGCCCUGUGUUCAAGUCUGUCCCAUUGAGCCCCUGGGCCGGCCUCCGUGCAUCGCCACCUCUAGACGCUGCAAUAAAGAUACUUGUUUCCACUCAAA